UACAAUUUUUGGAGUAUGCUCAGUUUUUUACUUUGAGACUGAGGUGAUACCCUUUUCUUCAUGCUUUGUGUUCGUUCAUAUAACUUACUGUACUUGAUUGUGAAAGUUCGUACGUACGGGUAAAGAGUUACAGUUCUCUACUUUGAUCGGGCUGAGUUCCUACGUAUAGUGAAUAUUUCGAGCCCAGAGCAAUCUCUCCCGACGUGAACCAUGGAUAGGCAGGUGGCCAGCAACCAUGGACUCUACCAAUGAAAGGAGUCGGAGUCGAGAAACUUGACAAUGGGAAGAACUGCCUUUUGUGGUCUGACCGCGUGGGAGCUAUCUUAAGGAUCAAAAAUUCUGGGAGGUUGUGGAGCCCCAAGAUCCCAAUUCCACUACUACUGCAUCGACACAAACUCAGGCUGCUGCCACCCAAGCUCCUCCUACCGCUACAGCGCAGACCACUGCUCCGGCCCCGACGCCAGCGGAGGCAACAACUUCCACAACGCUCCAGCCAAAAUUCGACUCUGACCCCUGGAGAAUGGGACAAGAAGAAUGCUACCUCUUUCUUACCACCAUUACUAGCGAGGUUCCUCAGAAGCCUCUCCCUCUCCAUUCCUGCGUAUCUGUGGCACACGUCAUUUACAAUGUGGCGACCAUCCUGCGUACGCUGUCUUAUUCUUUGUUGCCAUUCAUAUCACCUUGGCAAAUGCGAGCUAUGCCCGGAUAACACUUUGUGACUGGUUUACAUUGCUGUGGUUCGUAAUGCGGGCAUCGCUCUCGCCUUCUCCUCUGGUGUCAAUUUGCCGCUCUGCCGCCCGUGAGACUGUUGUGGUUCAAAAAAAAUUGGGAGGAGU